UACAGUGAAAUAUCUACUUUGAUAUGCCUAAUCGCUGUAUAGUUGCUGGCUGUUCUAGCGUUCCUUGCCCGGAAAAGGGCAUAGGACUUCACCGCAUUCUUUUUUAUGGAUCAGAAGAUACUAUAAAAAAGGAAAGGAGGAAAAAGUGGCUGGAUUUUGUCGCUUUAAAACUAGCAAAAUGCCCAAUAUCAAAGAUGUCGAGCAUUUGCUCGCUGCACUUCAAACCUGAAGAUUUUACCAGACGGUAUACUAGUUUGCAAAGGAAAACAAGUAGACUGGUGUUUGUCGAAGUUGGUGUGUUUGCUUUUCCUUCUGUUCAUCUCUCAGAAAGACUGAUGAAAGAAAGUGCGCCUUCUGAAAGGAAUCGUAGACAGAUUGUUAGAGAUAUUUUGUCUAGCACAGAAGCAGGUCCUUGCUCUUCUAGUCAAGACACUUUUGGAGCUGAAAGUGCAACCUCUUUGGAAGACAGUGAUACUGAUGUUGAAUUUGUUGAUGAUGUCUUGCGAGUUCAAACAAUUGCAGUACAAGCAGAAGUAUAGGUAUUGAAUUUAUUCCAAUAAUUUAUUCAAAAGACUUUUUACACUAGUAGAUUGUAAGAUCUAAAGAUUAUAUCUUUUUUUGUAAGUUCAGAAUGGGUUUUGC